UAAUAGAAUGUUUGUUAAACUGUUUGUGUAUUUUGUCUACUGAUAUCAAGGUAUCAUUUUGGAGGCCUAAUUCAUACGUAGGACCGUAUGAUGUAGGAACAGAAAUGAUCUAACACGGUUAUAGUUAAGAUGGCUGCUUCAAAGCUAACUAUCCUAAAGUUUGUUGGUUUUGCGGUUGGCCUAGCUGCAAAAUUUGUGACAGGAUCCAUUUUUGUGUUCAACGUCUAUCAAGAUGCCAUCAAAACCAAUUUCAACUACACUCAAACGGAAGUUGAGUUAUUGGCAUCAAUGCUGAAUGCUGGUCUGGGUGUUGGAUUUGUUCCCGGUAUGUUCUAUGACAAGUUUGGUCCAACAUUAACUUCGGGUGCUGGAUUGAUAGUCUCUGUACCAGUGUAUCUUCUAAUGUGGAGUACAGUCAAAUACACCAGUUUCUACAGCAAAAAUGUUUGGCUUAUGGCAAUAUACUUUCUUCUGGCAGGCUUUGGUUCCGUGUUUACCUAUAUGGUCGCGUUAAACACAAACGUGAUCAACUUUUCAUCAAACCACACAGGCAAAAUCGUAGGCUUUCUAAAUGCUGUCUUUGCCGGAAGCCCGUCAGUUUUUGCAACUGUUUACUACAAUCUGUUUACAACUGGAGACUCUACUAUUGCGGAAAAUCAGGAUUUUGCCGGAUUCAUGUUGUUCCUUGCAAUACUCUAUGGCGUGGUGAACAUUGUGUGCAUGUUUUUCCUUCGAAUUUAUACAGAUCCAGAAAAUAAAGAAGACGUAUCAAUGACUUAUUAUAAGGACAAAAAUGGGAUUGUUUUAGACGAAUUAACAAUAGCUGUCAACGGAAAGUCUAAAUCCAGUGAGAAGAGCUCCGAGAACCUCGAUACCACGAAGGACACUCCUGACAAUGAAAAUGAACCUUUAUCUGUGGCGCAGAUAUUGUGCAGUAUAGAUUUCCACUUGUUUGUGUGGAUGUUUGCCUUUGCAUCUUGUGUUGCUUUCGUCUAUUUGACCAAUCUGACUGUCACUUCAAAAUCUGUUCAUCUCGAUCAGUACAACAACAAGCUGACACUAAUUAUACCCAUAACCAAUGCCAUUGUCAGUGCAGCCAUUGGAAUAUUGUCAGACAUAUUCAAAGACAAGAUCCCUAGGCUCGUAAUAGUCGUUUUAGGGUGUUGUGCUAUUAUUGUAUCCCUUGUGCUCGUAAUUGUAUUUGCAGAUAAACUGAUACUGCUUAUUGUAGCUACGGUGUUUACUGGCAUAGGGGUUGGUAUUAUAUGGAGCUUAUGUCCAACAAUAAUGAAAGAAAUGUUUUCUGUACAACAUCUUGGUAGAAACUGGGGUAUAGCAUUACUUCUGUCAGCUUUGGUGUCAUUUGGUAUACAAGAAAUAUUUGGGACAUUGUACGAUAGUAAGGUGCCGGAAGGCGAGGUCAAUAUUUGUUAUGGUAUAAAUUGUGUCCGUGAAGGCUAUGGGGUGUUCAUAGGAAUAUCUGUUCUUGCUUUUUGCAUGGGUAUACUUAUUUUGAUCCGUCAAAGAUGCUGCAAGUGCGGAUCCAAAACUGAUAUGCCAGUUUAAUACGAAUAGCAAAUAGAUUAGAUCAAAACUGCCAGUUAUUGUUGUAAAAACAUCGGAACAGUAAUAGGAAGUGCAAACAACGAAGAAGUUUAGUUUAUUCAAGCCUUGGAGCACUUGUUGUUUUUCUUUACUCAUUGAAAUAAUGAUUGACACAAAUGAAACGGUAUCCGUCUGAUUGAACUAUUUACAGCAUGUUCACACAUUGAAACUUUCAUUUGCAAAUUUCUUGUUUUAUUUUAACAGUUUAAAACUUUUAGAUUAUAAGUUUCCAUCUAAACAAAUUGAGAAAAGAGAACUGUAUUGAAGCUAUUGCUUAGCGAAUAUAUUUAAAAUGACCGGCGUCUUUUUAAGUAAAGACAGGGAGCGUUGCGUGAUUAAUCAGAAGAAAAAAGCCAUGUAUGUUGAAAA